ACCUAGAGUCACCAACAGGUUACUACUAGUUCGAGUUCCAUCCAAGUCCGUUUUUAGCCUAGCAAAAUCAGCAAAUGCCCCUCAUGCCUUGAGAGCGUCAAAUUUUAUCUGCGCAAAAGAAACUAAACUACUACAUCUGUACAACACCCAUGGGGCAGGUUCAAGCGACUGAGAAUUCCACCCAAAAAAGCGACGAUGGUGAUCCUUCGAAGCAAUCGCUACAAAGUAAUUUAGAUACUCUUGACGAUGCACAAGAACGCAACGAUGGUUAUAUUGAAGAUGUAGCCAACACAAAUCGUGGGAAUGAUGAGGGCCACAUCAAUAUACAGCAAAACUUGGAUCAGGAUGACGAGGGUGUGAUACAAGUGACAUACGCAGAAGAAAAUGAAGAUGAGCCGGAAUUACAACGGUUACGACGCAUCAAACAGUUCCAACCACUUAUUAAAGAUUCGGAACGUACGUUUGGAUUGGAAAGUCUACUCGGGAUAACUAAAGGACUGAAAGGAUCAUCCGCAACCCCCAAAGAGGAUAGUAACUAUGAAGUCGAUCAUAAAACGUUGGCAGAACUAAUACUGGAGUUACAAAAGCAUACGGAAAACUAUAAAAGAAAAAUUCAUCAAGACCAAAAGCUACUGUUACAACGCUUGAAGCAUGUAGAAGGUCUUAGUGUGCAAACAGCUCAAGCACUCGUACUAGGCCUUAAUCAAACAAGGCACGCUUCCGAGAAACUGGGCGAAGCGAAAAGAAUCAAAAGUUACGCUCAACAGACCCAAAAGUGCGUAGCGGAUAUCUUUAAAAGACUCUGCAUCAUUGGCGAGCACUUACCACCCGAGGAUCGUGUAGGCCAUGAAUCAUUUGCAGCUCGCUGGCCUGAUUUGGACAAGCUUUAUAGGAAUGCAAUCCAAGAGCAACAACGACCGCGUAUGGAUAUCAUGAACGGGAAAAUGUCUCUACUACGUGCAUCUGCCGACCCAUCCGUAGCAACCGUAACCAUGGUCAUUGCUGAGGGGACAUCUUCCAUUCAUGACGAUAACAGCAGCAGUAGCACUACCCACUAUGAUUAAGAUCCCACACUCUAUCAACUUGUUGAUUACCAUAAAGUAUACCAAAUGAAGGGCUGUGUCAGCGAUUUCAAAUUUUGACAGCAGAAAAUUUUCUUUCUCCAUCGG